UCUGUGACUCCAGGAAACACCAACAUGUCGAUGAAGAAGUUUAAAGAUCUUCGUUCUAGUCGUUCACUAAAGUCUGUGGAUCUACAGGAGGUCCAAGCUGUACUUCUAAAGGUCAUAGGUCAAAUUCUCAGCUGGCCCGCCGUCAACGUGUCCGUGGGCAAAGACACUGAACCCACGUUGCUCCUGGUGGUGACAGGCUGGCGCCUGUAGCGUCUGUGAGGCCCUAAGAGGAAACUCCUAGAGAAAUCAAAUAGUUUUUUUGUUUAAAAGAUACGUUUAAAUAAAAAAAUUAAUGAGUUUGAUCCAAACAGUGAAGAUUAGAAGAUUUUCAGGCGGAGCGGUCGGCUCCAGCAGAGCAGAAUCUGUCUGUUUCUGCAGAGUCUUCCUCUAAAGAUCUGAGUUUGUCUGAAAUGUUCCUCAUAGAAACUGUGAGAAGCUGAACGCAGACAAUCGCAGGAAUCACAUUCCAUCAGUUCCAUGGAUUUGGAUUUGGAACGUCUGUCCUUCCAGCGCUUUCAGGAUCAGAACAAGUAGAAAGCCUGAAGUUCGACCGUUUUUCCAGAGGAACUUUCCUCUAAAGGCUGUAGGAGGACGCAGAGAUGUUCAAGCUGCUGUUUCCCUCCAGUUUAUUGGGUUUUGUGUGAAGAACAUCUCCUUCUUUUUAAACCUGUUUGUGUCUUGAAGUUGAGUCACAGCAUUUGGACGAAAACAUCUUGAAACCGGCAGAAGGUUUCCUGUGACUCUUGAUGAGUGAGAACCUUCACCCACUUGGUGGAGAACCGCCGUCAGUGGCUGGUUCCUCGCCGCCACGCUGACCUCUGUCAGCCGCUCACGUGUGAACGACGGCGCCGGCAUCCUGAAGACUCAUCUCACAUUCCCGUCCGGAGCUUCAGGCUUCAGAACGUCACCACCCUGUUCCUCAGCAGCGACAGCUCCACCCUUUACGUCGGAGCUCGAGACGCCAUCUUGUCGUUGGACGUCAGUCAGGCAGAAAUCCUGACCCAGAAACAGGAAGUGUCAUGGCGUCCGACGGCCAAGGAGACAGAAGACUGCAGCAUGAAAGGAAAGAACCGGGAGGUAAAUUUCCCCUUCAGCCAAACCGGGUCAAUGUGGUCCAAAAUGUGAUCAUGUCUCCAUCAUGUCUUCAUGUUGGUGAACUUCUGAGCUUAAACUCUCUCAGGAAGCAGUUUCAGUUCCUCAGAGGUCGAUCCACAGACAUCAGACCGUCUUCAUCUCCGGUGGUGGACAGGAUCCUACCAGCAUGAUGACCUCCACCAACAUCUGAAGACAAUCGCCAUUUAACUGUUUCAUGGCCAUUGCUCCUGUUUUCUCAGCCAUUUUGGAUCCCACAUUUAAAAUGUUUUGAAGUUGAGUGACGACAAACGAAACCAUCAAAUAGAGGACGAUAAGUCCGGAUUCCAUGACUCAACUUCAGGACGUCUCUUCUUCAGUCCAGACUGACGGGACAAAGACCAGGAGUCUGUGUGUUUUUGACUAUCAAGACAUCCUUCUACCAAAGUUCAGGUCUGGUCCAAAGUUCAGACCCUCAUACAGGUCUGGCUCCGCCCUCUUUACUGGAGGUGGAUGCGUCCACCACCUUCCUGUUCUUCUGGUCUUCAAAGCUCGUAUAUAAUCUCCCGUAAACGUUCUCAGCUGUGAGUUCUCUCCUCACCUGAUUCUGUCCCUUCAGCGGUUUUCUACACCGGCUAGCAAAGACAAAGGUUAGCAUCCAACAGGAAGCAACGCCCAGAAGAUCCGGCUGGAACCCUGCAGAAGAUCCAUGAGGAGAACAGAUGCUGAUGCAUCCAGACAAGCCUGUCUCAUGUUUACUAUUCCUGUCUCUCCGUCUUCAGGUGGACUGUCCAAACUUUGUCCAUGCGUUGCUGCCUCUGAACUCCACCCAUCUCUACGCCUGCGGCAGCUACGCCUACAGCCCUCAAGAUGCCUUCAUCGACCUGCUAACCUUCUCCAUGGUCAACGCCAACGGUCAUUGGCGGCGCUGCCCGUACAGCCCCUUCCAGAGGAGCUCCGCCCUCGCCUUGGACGGCGAGCUGUUCACCGCCACCACCACCGACUUUAAAGGAACCAAGCCCCAAAUCUCCCGUCACUUCAGCAGAGACGGGCGGCCGGACGUCAGCCUGGACAACUUCGCCAGUUUACUGGACGAACCGGCCUUCGUGAGCUCAUCCGCCGACUCAGCAAACGGGAAAAUCUACUAUUUCUUCACGGAGUCUGGGAACGAGUUCCGCUUCGAGGAGAAGCUGCGGAUUCCCCGGGUGGCACAAGUCUGCAAGGACGACGUGGGGGGACGGAGGAUCCUGCAGAAGAAGUGGACCUCCUUCGCCAAAGCCUCCCUGCUCUGCCGGCCCCCCAACCGGCCUCCUCACAACGUCCUGCGGGACAUGUUCACCCUCCAGCCGCCAGAGGGCAGCGACUCCUCUGAGACGCUGUUUUACGGCGUCUUUACCUCUCAGUGGUCCGGACAGUCGGAGUCGGCCGUGUGCGUCUUCACGCUGCAGGACAUCACCACCGUCUUCUCUGGGAAUUACAGGAAGCUGGACAAGAACAGCCAGCGGUGGAUUCCGACCUCUGGAAGACAGUUGGGAAAGUGCGGACUGGCGAGCUCUUCGGACGCCAUCCUGGAGGCGGUGAGGUCCAGUUUCCUCACUGACAGCAGCGUGAAACCGGUCAGAAACGGACCGGUUCUGGUUUCUGCCGAGCAUCGCUACAGCCACGUGGCGGCGAUGAAGACCAGGGCGGCGAACGGGGAAGAGUUCACGCUUUUGUUCCUGGUGGCCGAGUCGGGUUUCCUCCAUAAGGUGGUUCUGUUUGAGCCGGAACCCCAAAUCAUUGAGGAAGUCCAGCUGUUCACCGAACCUCAGCUGGUCAGGAGCGUCGUUCUGUCCUCCGUGAAGGGAAUUCUGUAUGUGGGAACGUCUGAGGGGGUCACGGCUGUACCUCUGGCCACAUGCUCCGCCCACAGAACCUGCAGCCAGUGUGUCCUGUCCCGGGACCCUCUGUGUGGGUGGAGCCAGAGCAGGAGUGUCUGCACGGCUCUGAGCGGCAGUGAGGAGGACGUGAUUCAAAAGCUUGAGAGUGGAAACGAGGAGAAGGUCUGUCCAGAGGACAGGAGUCCGGGUGAAAUCAGAGAGGUCAGCGUCGGCUUGAACCAGGCUGUGCGGCUGGAGUGCGAGCGGCCGUCCAACCUGGCCGUCCUCAGCUGGACCCACUCCCAGAUGGAGUCUCUUCCCCAGACGCUCUUCAUCCGCUCACCUGACGGCAGCCUCAGCUUCCUCGCCUCGGCUCAAACCCUGGGGAGCUACAGCUGUGAAGCAGAGGAGGCGGGGCUUAAGGAGGUGGUUGUGAGCUACACCGUUCUGCUGAAGCCCACCCCUCGCUCCAUCGGCCCGCAUCCAGGAGUGGAGAAGGACUUUGAGGACAUCCCAACUGAAACCCCCACGCCCGAGGGAUCCGAGAACACUCCAGACCAUCCGGCGCCGGAAACCACGGCGACAGCCGUUCCCAGGAUGAAAGCCAGUCCAGAUGUUCCCACCGCGUCCGAGUCCAAAACCAACCCCCCGUCUUUCAGGACAGACAGCCAGAUCUCCUUGGAGGCGCCUCAGGCGGAGAGGAGUUACCUCGGCGCGCUGCAGGUGGUUUCUGUGCUGCUGGCCGUCUGCAUCUGCGUGAUUUUCAUGGGAGCGUUUUUCACGCUGAGGCAGAGGAAGGCCGGCCUCAGAUCCUGUCAUCUGCUCCCCGUGAAGGACGGCAGCAAAAAAGACAACUCCAUGGAGAUCAGCUCUCUGGGGAGCAGGAAGGAGGCGUCAACGGAGCUGAACGACGGGGAGUGACGCUCCUGCUGACGGGAAACACUCCUCCAGGCGUUUCUGCAGCUAAAAGAGUCUAAAAAAAAGAGACUUUCAACCAUUUUUAUUUUAUUUUGAAGACCAUUUCUAAAGGUUACAGAAAAAUUCACCUUUUCAACAAAUCUAACAAAUGUGUGGGUCAUUUACAGCAAAGAAAUCCUCCCACAUCAGGAAAUAAGUGGGUGGAGCUAAAUCUUACCUGAAACACAGAACGAAUCCAGAGUUUGGACUCCAGCAAACUUUGCAGACGACACGCUUGUUUAUUUAACGGGUUACAUUUCUGAACCAAAACGGUUUAACAAAAUAAACCCUUUGUUUUCCUCAGAGAUGAAACUUCAUUUCUGUGCCGUCAGUGAAACGAGAGUUUGGGUUUGUUAAAGCAACAAGACAAAUGUGAAUUCUUAUCUUUAAAGCAGCAGAAAAUCCCGUCCGUCUGCAGACCACUUAAGUUUCAAUCUGAUUGGAUUUGGAGUUAGGAAUCUUUUAAGUGAUAAAGGUUCUUGCUAUGCGCUGUGGUGUAGUGGUUAACACUCUCACCGUGGCCGUGUUCUUUGCGUGUUCUCCUGGUUCCCGCCUGGGUUUCCUCCCUCGGGGUUCUUUGGCGGCUCUAAAUCGUCCUUCAGGCGUGAACGUCUGACGGUGAACCUCGCCUACAUGCAGCUGUGGCUGGGAUAGGCUCCAGCAGCCUUAAAAAAUGGACGCAUGAAUGUUUUUGUUGCACAUUUGAGAUGUUUGGUUUUAUUUAUGCAGACGUGACCUCAGACUCAGUUCCGCCUCAACUGUUUUUGUUUUGACAGUUUGUGUAUUUUUGUGUUUAUUGUAAACAGAUGAAUGUAGAUCAGAUGAAAUCUAAACUCAAUUAUAAGACUUUGUUUGUAAUCCAGCGAUAGAAGUUCAAAAUAGCAAAAUGAGCAUCUGGAUCAUCAGAAGAUUUGGCAGGAAUUCUCUGACACAUUUCGUGUCACUUUGUCUCCCCCUAGUGUCAGCAAUGAGGAUAGCGCCGUGAAAAGAUGUCGAAACUUUAAUUUCCAAGGUUACACUGAAAAAUAAUUCUGUAGUCCUGAAAGAGUGAAUAAAGUUGAAUCGGUGAGAACGUUC